AUGGUUCCAAAGCCUGUGGGAGAGCCGGACGAGAUCACCGGCCAGAGCGCACUUCCCAUCUCACGAGUCAAAAAGAUCAUUCAGCUGGAUGAAGACAUUGUACAAUGCUCCAACAACGCGACUUUCGUCAUCGCAAUGGCCACUGAAAUGUUCAUUAAGUACCUUGCUGAACAAGGGCACAACGUGGUCAAGGCUGAGCGAAAGCCUCGCAAGACCGUCCAAUACAAAGAUCUUGCCUCGGCAGUAUCACACACUGAUAAUCUCGAAUUCCUCUCCGACGUGAUCCCCAAGACUACGACCUACAAACAAUUCAAGGAGAAGAAGGCUAAGGACGCGGCCGAGCAAACCACCAUGGAGAAGGGUCAGCGUACUCUCAACGGAGCCGGAGUACCGCCGCCACCAGCCAAUGGAAGCAGCAUGGGAGAGGCUACACCACAGGGAGAGGAACCAAGUGCCACAUCCCCAUCUGUUCCUCGGCCGAUGGUGCCUGUCAGCGCACUGAUUGCGGAUCGGACUGUUGAGCCCGUGGCCAACCAGGACCAUGAUGUGGAAAUGCAGGGCUGA